AGAGUGAGAGAGAGAAGUGCGCGCCACCGACAUCGUCCAACCGCGACUGGCUUGCCCCGAUCUCUCGCCUCUUCUUCCUCCUUUCACGGAUCUUCGCCGGUGCACACGUCUGAAGCCGACCGACUGGAGAGGGAGGUGACACUUUCGGAACGUGGACACGCGGCACGCACGGAUCGUCACGCUGGAUACGUGAGGAUCCAGGAGAACUACGCUUGGCUACUGGUGCUCUCGUGCAGCCGAGGCAACUCGUACGCGAGAACUCGUACGGGUCCCGAUUUUCCGGACGCGGCGUCAUCCCGACACGAGAACGACUGGACCACUGGACAUCGUGGACGUCGAUAAUACAACAACCCGGUCCGACAAGCACACACAACCGACAACCCUCGGCUCGGUGUGGCAUCGGUCGUCUCGUGUAUUUCGUCCCAUCUGUGCGCGCGUGUACGUGUCUGUGCUGCGUGUGUCCGUCUGUCGGCGCGUGUACCCGCGUACGAACGAUAAUGCUGGCGGCUGACGGUUUCGGUGAUCGACGACGACGCGGCCGGUGAACUAGUGACAGUGUGAAAUCGAUCGUCAGCAGGGAAACCGGCUAGCGGUCGGCACUAAAUAUACCCGAGGAAUAAUGGCCAGCGCGACAAUGGGACUCCGUCGCAGAGUGCCAGUGAACAAUUCCCCGACCCCGUCGGGACAAUCCGCGUCGGCCACUGCCUCGUCCGGCAAACGUUCAAGGUCCGAGAACAACAACAGCCCGUCCCACGGUAAUCUGAACUCGAUGAACGCGAGUGCACGAGACGAGCCACCUACCAAGAAGUCACGUGGUACAUCGACGAACGCGACUAAAGCGACAUCUUCGUCCUCCUCGAACGCGUCGUCGUCACCCGAGACGAGUCCCUCGUCGAAAAAUCGUGGCGGUUCCGUGUCGAGAUCCGGGAACGCGCAAAAUCCGAAAACGUCCACGACAUCGGUGUCCACGUCGGACGCUGUGUCCAGUAACAGUGUGCUGUCGAGCAGUUGGCAAACCACGAACAUGUCCGACGUGUCUACGUACGCUUCCGUGGCUGGAUUGAGCAUGGCCUCGAGUCCAACCGCCGGUCUGUGCGCCGGUAGUCUCAGCAUGCCCACCCCGAUACCCUACAUGUCUUCGUCCAUGGCCACGUUCGUGGGAAACGCGACGAACCUGGGCAAGAGCUCGUCCGUUUCGUAUCUCGACAUUUCGAAUAUGACCGGUGGCUCGUUGAGCUCGGCCGCUUCCGGAUUGACCAAUGCCUACGUCGGGAAUGGAAACGGUGGCAACGCGAUGGACUCGAAGAACGGCGGCGUGCCCAUGCCGUUCCCUGGAAUCGCGGCCGGUGUGAACGGGACCGGUUACGGGAUGCAAAAGGGACAAGCGGAGAACGCGAGUCUGCCGAAGAAGUUUCAGAACGAUAGCAUGUUCAACGCGUAUCAACCGUGGGUGAUCAAAACGUACGGUGAUUUGGCGAAGACGAAGACGAUCACGAUUAAAAAGUACGCGCGUAUAUUGCGAACAUUGAGAGGUGAGGAAGUGAACAGUGCGGAGAACAGUAAGUUUCGAUUCUGGGUGAAGAGCAAGGGGUUCCACAUCGGGCAGCCGGAAGGAUACGACGCGAAACCGGCGGACAGGAUUAUCGGGCGUCACGCGGUGACGAGUCCCGGAUUGGAUCCACCGUUGUACGUGCCCACACAGUUGCCGCAUAACAAGGUGAGUAACAAGUCUCUGUUUCUGGUGUAGAGAUUAUCGUGCGUGCAUUUCUCACGGAAUGCCGUUGAAGCGGAAUAUAAGCGAACAGUUCCGGGGAAUUGCAGAUAACACG